AAAAGUGCUUUAUAAAUACGGUUUUUAUCCAUCAUUUCCUACUUGGAUUUUUGAUGGUCUUCAUUUUCUCUACACUCGGGGAUACUUUGACGCUAAAAACAAAAGCAUCGCAAAACAAAAGUCAUUUAGGAGGUGUGUGGAUGCAUUUUGACCUGCCCGUGCAAUUGAUUCAACGUUAGCAUCUCCCCUUGCUAAACAAUCUUAAUCUUUCGUCUUGCUCUUUCUACCAGAUUUCCAUUGCUUUGUUCCUUAGACCUCAGACUUCGCUCGGAUCUCUUUCCAACGCUCGGAUACCAUCUUGACAGCCGUUGCUGUUGGGUAUAGAAUUUAGGCAGCUGCGCAAGAUCGUCUUUCGUUUACGCCCAAUGUCAACCAUGUCGAACUACUAUGUGGGACACUUCGGACGUAGGUUGCCUACCGUCGACGGCCAGUCGGGCCGUCUCGACUCCAAUCAACCAGCUAACCCGCCAGUUCCCGGAUCGCACCCAUACCAACUUCCACCCCCUCGUGCGUCAGCACCUCUGCAGUUGGGAACUGAUCCCUUCUUGCAUCAGCGGAAUCAGGGAGAGGGAGCUGAUUCGGGAGGGCCACUUUCGAGACCUUCUCCAGGCCAUCAGCAGACUCCAAGCAAACAGCUUCCGUCGGUCAGUCAGUUGUUGACGCCUACUGUACAUGAGAGCCGACCACCAUCUCCUUAUCGCCCUCCUUCCUUUAACUAUGCCCCCCACAACGGAGCGACAGAUUCAACACAGCGGUAUCGUCCCAAGGAGACUGGCCCCGUUUUCGCGACGCCUCGGAGUGAUAUCCACGACAGCACUAAAUUCCAUUCGGAUCCCAGCCCACAGCUGCAAUCGGGGCCUUUGCCCCGCCUCGCUCACAUGUCUCCCCAUGGUCUAGGACAUGAGCCUUCAUUUAGCUCUACAAGUCAGAGCAGCCCGUCGAUUCCACCAUUCGCGCCUCCUUCUUAUUCCCCACAAGGCUUCAGGGCCCCCGAGAGGGACCCGGGAGAUGUUGCUUGCUCAGAGACUUCUGACGGCAGUACCACAGCAAGUAAAUCCCAAUCUAAUGUUAGACCUCACGUUAUCGACGAAAAAUAUAUCGAUGGGGAGGGUUUGUGCUAUAUAUACGCCGACGGCUCCCAUUGUCCGAAGCUCAUCGAUGGUGUACCGGUGAACGCCAACUGGGGCAUCACCAAGGCUGGAAAACCGAGAAAACGGCUGGCACAGGCGUGUCUGACAUGCAGGGAAAAGAAAAUUAAGUGCCAGCCGAACCUGCCUAAAUGCGACCAGUGUCAGAAGUCUGGACGAGAAUGCAGGUUCGAGAGCGCACCUCGCGGCCACCGUGCGGCACUGAAGGCUUCGCACCUGUUAAACCGAUAUGAGAUUAGAGAGAGUUUCGCCGCGGGUCACAAUUACCCUGGCUCUUCUAACUCGUUCUACUCGAUGGUGCGGGCAUCGGAGAGUUCUACGUCCCUCCCGGGAACCAGUUCCCAGUCCCCAGUAUCUGAGGGCUCUAUGCUUACCCCUUCCGCCAUGGAGGGCAUCCAGGACAAUAUGCUCGAAGCUGAACACCAGCACAGGCUCAGGAUGCAGGGCCUGGGCCGGGUCUCCAUGGGGGCGGAGGAUUUUAGCAAACGCCCCGCGGCUCAUGUGCCGCCAGAUUACAACGAAAUCUUGAUGGAGAUGAAAGAUUUGGAUCCUCAAGAUCCCAUUGCAUGCGACUGGGGCAUCGACCCGUAUGAGGCCGAUCCGGAAAUCACGAUUCAUUAUGUUGAAACCUACUUCAACUACGUCAAUGAUCGCCUAUAUUAUAUGCUACCCAGAAAACGCUUCCUUUUGUGGUUGAGGUCGUGUCAUACGAAGUCACUAGAUGAUAAAAUGCUUCUUUACUCGAUGAUGGCCCUGGGAUCGGUGUUCUCAGAUCGUCCUGAUAGGGUGAUGGCGUUAAAAAGGUAUUCACGCACUGCCAGAUAUGCAGUGGAGCGCAGCCAACACGGCCUCACACUGCAACUUGCACAAAGCCGUAUCAUCAUGAGUCUCUCGUUCUAUGCUAUCGGUGCACUCGUCAAGUCAUGGGAUGCCGCAGGUGCCGCAGUCCGAACAGUGUGUGGAUUACGGUAUAAUGUUGAGUCUGGCGGAGUCAUCGUCGACCAGAGCCAACAACCUUGUGAAUAUGGUCUACACCCGCAGGCGUUGAUCGAGUGCCGCCGGCGGACAUUCUGGAUUGCAUUUAUGUUGGAUCGCCUCUCAUGCUUCUAUACACCCUCUUCGACCUUCAUCUCCUCCCAAACUGCCUACCUUAGACUACCUUGCCGAGAAGAAGUUUACGAAGCCCAACAAUAUACCACUGUACCAUAUUUUCAAGGGUUCCUAAACCAAACACCAGUAUCGCCGGAGGAUGAGCUCUCCGGUGUAAGUGCUAUGGCGCUUUUGAUAGACGUUAUGGCUAUCUGGGGAGACGUGUCUGAUCAUGUCUUCCGGCUAUCUUUGAUUCCCGCGGAUGCGUACCGCAAGCUCUUUGAGGAAUUCCAUUCCUCUAUUGUCCGGCGGUCGGACGAGUUGAUCUCGAGACUUCCCGACCACCUUACCUUUACAGCAGUAAAUUUGGAACGAGCCAUCCGAACGAAGAAAGCCGAUACCUUUGUGGAGAUCCAUUUACUAUACCACGCCACGCUGAUGAAGCUAAAUAGACAUGCUCGUCACCGCAACCUUCCUGAAGCCACAAUUAACUGGCACGUACAUACAACUCGAAAUCACGCCGCAGAAAUACUCCGCAUAUCUCUUACUCUCAUGCGCUACGCUUCUGAGUACGAUCCUUCGCGGCUCGCCAUGGAACCGAUCACGGCGAAGGGCACAAUUCUGAGCCCCCACCUGGGCUACGUGAUAGUCUCUGCGGUUGACGUCCUCAGCGCGGGUGGGUUGAUGGUUGAUAUCCCCGAGACCAUCACUCUUAUUCGAGGCGGUCUCGAAGCAGUGAAGGAGCUGAGUCACUUCUGGGCUGGAUCUACACCCUUAGUAUCGUUGAUCGAAACACGACUAGAUGCCAUGAUAGAGCACCGCCACCACCCAAUGAUGUCGGAAGGCAAGGUUGCUUUCAUUGUGAACGGAGCUUCUCUGGAUAGUCAGGUCCGCACCGGCACCCAAAAGCAGGAGCUACCAUCUAGUGAAGAUCUCAUGUACGGCGGCUUACCUCGCGAACGGUUUUUCAGCGCGUUAGGUACCGGAAGCGUUCCAUUCAUGGAAGAAAACAUACUUUGGAUCAGGGACACUAGUUGAAAUUAAAAGCAUUGCAUUGCAGCAUUAAUGUUACUCAUUCAAAUGGGUUGGUGAAUCUGCUUUACAUUCCUCCCCCCUCCCCUUCAAGUUUCCCCCUCAAUCUCUUUUACAUCCUUGCAUGGCGUGGUUUAUCAAAACCGGAUUAUUAUAUUCUGUUACCGUAUACCCUGGAGGCUGGUCUCUUCUUUCUCUUCUUCUGCCUUUUGUGCCUUUUGAACCUUUUCCAUCUAGUCUGCUUGAAAGCUAUAAAUGUCUGUUGAACUAGAUUGGGAUCAAUUGAGGAUCCUUACGACAUGAAUGAUAUGCUGAAUGCCUUAUCAUGGGCUUGUAUAUUAGCGAGACAUUACUAGUCUAAGCGUGCGCUGAAUUGAGUUUUCUCUGUACGAGAUCAUUGACCCGCGGGAUAUAGUUUUAUCAUACCAUACGUUUCAUAUUAACAAUAAAGAGAUAUAUACAACAA